UGUUUCCUGAAAUGUUUACAUUAUGGUUCAGUAUCUCAUGACCACCGGUUUAUAUAAGGAGAUUGCAGCCUGUAAUCUGUAUGUACUAUUGAGGCCCAGCGGGUCAUUUCUACUCGCUUUGAUUUCAGAGUACUGCUUUAAACGCUUAUAAUCCCAGGAUUUUUCUGCCAUUAAGUGAUGGCUUUCUGAAGGGGAGCGCUGAUGAUAGUGGAUGUGUGCACAUACAAACAUUCAUAUUUUCUCUUGGAGCGAAGCAGUACAGACAUAGUCAUGGUGGGCAAACUUAUGGAUGAACUUUUAUUAGUUGUCUGUGCAGGAGAACCUUUACUGAACAUGCUUGACAGUGGAAAUGCUUAAGUUAAUUUAUCUUAAAAAUCCAGAGUUGAGAGGUACCAGUGAUGCGUUUCAUCGUUAUUGCUGUGUACUUCCUCCUCCUCCUCCCCCCUCAUGCCCUGGCCCUGUGGGCCUGCACGCGCUCUUGCCCUCCCAGUUGCACGUGUUCUCAGGAGAAGAGUUGCAGCGUCCUGUGUGACCACGUCAACAUGAUGGACCUGCCCAAAGAGUUCCCCUGCGAGGCAUCCUCCAUCAACCUGGACAAGAACAGCAUCAAGUUUCUGUCCGAGCGGGCCUUUGGCACCCUGCCUUCACUCAAGACACUCUCGCUCAACCACAACAACAUCUCCUUCAUCACGCCGGGAGCAUUUAAAGGGCUGCCCAACUUGCUGGAGCUCAAGUUGGCCCACAACGAGCACAUACGCUACCUGCACACUCGCUCCUUCACAGCAAUCAAACGCUUGGUGCGCCUGGACCUCUCUGACUGCAACCUGUUCAACAUGCCAGACCGCAUCUUCCUGGAGCAAAUCUUCCUGAAGGAACUGCUGUGUUUCCAAAACAACUUUCGACGUGUUCCCGGGGCCCUAAGGGGGAUGGAAAACCUCACACACGUUUACUUGGAGCGCAACAAGAUUGAAGCGGUGGCCUACAACUCUUUGUUGGGCCUAACCAACCUCAAGUACCUCAACUUACAGGAGAAUCGCAUAAAUGUGAUACAUGAUGAGGCCUUCAAAGAUCUAGUGCGUCUGGAGAACUUCUACCUGAACGAUAAUCUGUUGGUCGACUUGCCCCAGCAGGCUUUCAAGGGCCUAAGCAACAUAAAAACGCUGAAUCUGGGUGGGAAUGUAUUGACCAAUGUGUCCAAAACAUGGUUCAGUGACCUGGUGGAGCUGGAGGUGCUGUACCUGGAUCGAAACCGGCUGUCCUAUAUCGAGGAGGGUGCCUUUGAGAACUUGACGAGCCUCAUCACGCUGCACCUCAACAGCAACAAUCUGACGUCUCUGCCCUUCUCUGUCUUCCAGCCCAUCUAUUUCAUCGGCCACCUGUAUCUCUUUCGAAACCCCUGGGAGUGUACCUGCGACCUGGAGUGGUUGAGGGAGUGGAUGGAGAGUUAUAAGUUGGUGAGGGACGUUCCAUGCGCUUCUCCAUCCUCAGUGGCUGGCUUGGACCUGAGUGAAGUUGUCUACGCCCACCUGAACGCCACCUGUCUGGAUCCCCCGGAGCUCAACCUGACCACAUCUCCUUCUGAGUAUUCCACCAUGGAGAACAAGUUCAAUAGCCUCAUCUCCAAGCUUCUACAGCAGGAACUGAGGGAAGAGAUGGUCAACGUCACGGAUGGUCUGAGGAACGGCACCCAGCAGGACCUUGCUGAGAGUCAGGUUUCUUCUGGACAUGGACUGUUUGGUGCUCUUCCGACUGUGUCUCUUCUUGUGAUUCUUUUUCAAGUCGAGAUUGACUGCAUUAAUGCCUCUUGAGAGUCUGGUGAAUACCAGAAGGGAUUGAAGUGCAUCCAAGAGUGGAAGUAAUUUUCCAUUAUGGGAAAUGUUUGGAUUUAAGACCGUGAUGAAAUGUUUGAUCUAUCUUGCCAUAGAUGAUGUGGUUUUUCUCAUGUUGAAUACGGAUAUAAUGGAGUUGGAGAUGAUCAUCUCUUUAAAUGAAUUGAAACUGGUCUUGAAGGGAAAGGAGCAUGUUUUAAGCAAAUAAGACUAAAGGACUUUUGUUUUGCCAGUGCAAAGGAUUCAUUAAAGUGUAACUGAGGGCCAUUUUGUGAGAACUGCAACUAGGCACAACGGUUUUUGUCAUUUAUUUUUUAUCUAGAUUUGAUUUAAAACAUCUUAACGCGUCUAUAGUAUGAAUACAUUGUACAUAUUCUGUUGCAUAACUUUGUAACAUUUGUUGUGUAGGAGAUUUAUCUGAUAAAACUUCUUGCUAUCAUUUCACCAGAUGGCAUAACAUGCUGUCCUCUUUGUUUGGAUCAUUGAACUGGGUAAGGUUUCAGUUCUGGAAAAUGCAUUAGUCCUCCUAUUCUGUAAAGCUUAAGUGC